GUGGAGCGUGAGCGCGCAGAGUUAUCUAUCACUGCCUUCCGGACAGUCCUGAGGAUCUUCACGAGCUGCACCUCACAGCCUGAAAAACCAUACAAGGACGCGCUUUCCUGUUUAUUGGAGGUAUUUUAAGGAGCAAACGAAAGAUUUUUUUUUUAAUAAAUAUUUUGCUUUCGUUUUUAAAUGAAACGAAGACGAGCCUGGACUUCCAUCUGCGUUCUUUUAUGGGAAGUAAUAAUUUGACAGGGUUGAAGAUCGGAUUAACUCGAAUACUUCAGCUGGAUUUCUGUGGAUGACAUCUUGACAUCUUAGGCAAAAAAAAAAAAAAAAAAAAAAAAAAAGGACACCAAAAACCUAUAAGUGCAUCACUGAAGAUGAGGAACUAAUUAAGACUCACCACAAUUUGUUGUAGCCUAUAAACUGAAGAACUUCAUGUGGGAUGCACUUCCACCUGUUUUGAGGCUGUUAUAGACAGUGGAACGCAUGAUUUUUACAUGAAGCUUCUGAUGUAAAGAGCAGAUGACCAGUAAGGAAGCUGAACAAGAAAUCUGCAGUCUUCUGUUCUGUCAACUAACUGCAAAAGCUACCAACAGCCUUGUUGCAAGCUGAAUUAGCCUCUUCAUUCAGCUGACUAAAUGUGAUCUAAACUGCUCUCAAAGAAAGCUUGAUUUCACAGUGGAAGCAGGUUGUCUCUGACAUAAAGAGAUGAAACGAGAACGUUUUAAGCCCCCGGAACCAGAUGACCCUCUGUGCUGCUGUGGAGACAUCGACCAGCAAAGAGAGUACUGCUGCUGUGACUGUGAAGAACUAGAUGAUGCCUGUGAAAGGUUAGUCAGAGGAGAGCAAGACAAGCCAGACAUCUUCUCUCGUUUCGUCUCUUGUAUGGCUGAUCGUUUGGGUUUGCCAUGUUGUGCCGUAGGACCCCUUCGAUUGGAAAUCUCUGUCUUACCUCCCAUGGUAUUAAUUCCUGGUCUGUUGCGAGUAGCAGCAAUUAACUGUAUGUUGGGAGUUGUUGUCCUAACUGCCCUACCAGGACUGGUGCUUUGGUAUUACUAUGUGACUCACAGAAGGAAAAGACGCACAUUGUUUUUCCUUAGCUUGGCACUUUUCUCCCUUGCCUACAUGUACUAUCUUUUCCUUACUGAGAUCGUUCCCAGAGGAGACGUCAGUAAUCUGCAGCUGGUUACUGUGACGACAGGCAUGAUGUUGACCCUUAUCUCCCUUGUGCGCACCAAACAAGGACCAGGCUUUGUCAAAUCCCAGUCAUUAGCUCAGGGAAUUAACAGUAUCUGUACAACCAAUCAGAGCACAAACAUACCUGGAGACUCCGCCCCCUGCAAAGGAAUCAGUCAGUCAAAUGGGGAAAACGAAGGAAAGAAGAAGUUAUGCCCUGUGUGCCGACAGGUGCGCCCACCAAGGGCAGGGCACUGCAGGAUCUGUGGGGCAUGUGUCCUUCGAAUGGACCACCACUGUGUUUGGAUAAACAGCUGUGUAGGUCAAGCCAAUCACAGGCAGUUCAUUUUGACGCUCCUUCUUUUCCUGGUGACAUCGUUCUACGGGAUCAGUUUGGUGUUAUGGAGUGUAUGUCCACAACAGAGUCUAUUCACAGCCAUGUUAUACUGCCCUGGAGUCUAUAACCAAUACAGCACAGCGCUGUGCUUCACGUGUGUGUGGUACAGCGUUAUCAUAACAGGUGGUCUGCUCCACCUGUUCAUCCUUCAGAUCAUCAAUGUCAGUUACAACGUAACAGAACGCGAAGCUCAGAUUGCUUUGCGCAACAAAACUGGCAGACGGCGCUUCUGUGGCCUGGUUGUGGAGACAGGCAUGUAUUCGCGAGGCUUCCUCCAGAACUGGAUUCAGUUCCUCACAAUGAACACGGAUGAGAACGGUUCCCCUUUCACCUUCACAGUCAUGGUAUGAGUUAAGGCACUGUGGACAUUAUCCUGGGUGGAAUUUAAACUAUAAUUAUACAAAAUGUUAAACAACUAAGCGUCUGAUUAGGCCUAAAGAUUUGGUUGACACAUUUACCUUGUUUUCAUCUGGUAGAAUGGUUGUAUUGUUAAUUAUGGACAGUAUGGAACUGACCAGAAGCUAAGCAGGAACUUCAAGGCAGUCAGUUUAAAUUGGUGAGCAAACGUAUUCUUUAUUCCAGUGGUCAUCUGUAUGGACAUAUUGAAUUUGGUUCAAUGUGACCAAAGCCAUGUUUUCAUGAAAUAUAACAAAACUCUGCAACUUUAUGGCAUAAAUAACCAGACUGUAUGAAUGAAACAUGCUUAAGUGAUCAGACAUAAGUGGGCAACUUUGUAAUCUGAGUUGCAAUCAAGUGUGUGCUUUUAAUGACAAGCAUGUGAAAUAUUAAGAAAACUCGAUCUGAUGAUAGAACUGAGAAAAUAAAUGUGACAUCCUGAAAUAUUCCUGCAUUACUGCAAUUAAGAAAUGUGAUAAUUACAUAUAUUUAGGAUUGAGCUAAAUAUUUUAAAGGGAGAGUUCAUCAGAAUUUUUUUGGAACAUGAAACAAGUUCUCUUGAUAUUUCAUAACUAUCAGUUAGGACAGGGACGUUGAAUAGGAAGAGACAGUGUACAAUUAUUAUUAUUAUUAUUAUUUUUCUAGAAUUUUCAUUUUUGGGGUGAACUAUCCCUUUAAAUCUGAAAAGAUUUCUUAAGAAGUUUUAUCAGCCUGCCAAAUGCUAAUAAAACAAAAAAUACAUUUUACACCAAAUGUAUGAAUCCUUGUAAUUGUAAAUAUGCUGCUACCUUUGUAGUGUACUCUCUCAGGACAAAUGAUGUUGUACACUUUCCUGUAAUUACAGGUGCUCACUGAACAGCGGUUUUAAGUUAUGUUGAGGUGUACUUUACAGUUCUGUAUUGUCAUCUUUAAUGAGCAUCCAUCAUUUCAUAUGUGUAAAUGAAUACAAAUAAAUAAAUGAAAUGAA